CGAGGAGGGAGGAACCGGUCAUCCACAGAGUUCCUCUGUUGAGGAUGGGGCUAAAAGCGCGAUUUGCGCCGCCCACAACCACAACGACCACAACGCUGUCGUUGAGAAGCGGUCGUGAGGCAAACAAGGCGGACGGAACCGCCCGCGUAGGAAUUCCUGUGCGUAUUUCCUGUUUCGUCCCGUAUGUUCCGAUUAGUAGCAUCGAGUAUGGCAAUUCUUGUGUUGUUGAUUGCGUGGUAAAAGUUCCCAAGAGAAGCUAUGACGCUUCAUGAUGUCGUUCUAUGAACAUAUAACACGGACUUCAAAAGAAACCACACCUUUCAGUUGUCACAGAGUUUUGGAAGUGUUCACAUGUAGGUGAAAAGGAAAGACAAGUUUAUUGAAGUUGCUACUUAUGUAUUUUUGUGAAAAGUUUGAAUGAUACGAUUUAAGAAUAAGAACACCGUUAAGUGAAAUUGAUGCCAUACUGUGAUGCAUGUUAUAAAUUUGAACGAUUAUUUUAUUCUAGGUUUUCAUUGCUUAAAAGAUAAACAGUCAUGAGUAUACUGCGUUCCAAACGUGUUCAACCUUCAAAGAGGUUUCCACAAGAUAAUCCUGCAAAGAUUUGCCGUCCUCACUUGCCUAGCCCAAAGACACUUGUAGAACUUUGUGGAGAUGUUCUCGAUGCUAUGCCUUUGCCACGCUGUUGGAAGUGGAGUGUUGAAGAAGUAGCGUCAUGGCUAGAUAGUACAGUUGGUUUGCCUCAGUAUCAAGAGGCUUUUAGAAUGAAUAACAUUACUGGAAGAAAACUACUACUAGUGGAUGCUUCAGGAUUGGUUAGAAUGAACAUUCAUGACUUCGACCACAUAAAGCAAUUAACAGCUGGUAUUCGCAAACUUGGAGGCAUGACAAGAGAGCGGCAACACAGAAGACUUAGUGAGCCACCUUUUGAUCCUGAGACCUUCUUCAUUUUGUAUCGUGCGUACCACAAAAUUUCUCGAAUGGAGUUCUUUUACGGAACAAACUUAGUACAAAGACCAAGGCCAAUACCUAACCAUUGGGAAACUAUUGAGCCAUGUUUCCCCAAAUAUCCUCCAGAUCAGUAUCGUGUUACGUUGCCAUUCAAAAAACACAAGAAUGACUGGGCAAGAAAGCAAACCAAAUGUGUGCAAGUGAAAUUUUAAAUAUUUACUGAUACAUUUGAACACUGUAAAGUGUAGUGAUGUAAAAUAGAAAUGUUCACUGUAUUAUGGAGUAGUUGAAUAAAACUACAUGCAAUAUAAUUUGUUUAAAUUUAUUUGUACCUACACAACUACCAACAUUUUCUCAUUCAAUUAAAACAUAUCAAAUUUAGAUCAUUAUUUGCAAUUCUGAUGUAAUGAUACAAAUUGAGGAAAGCCAUCUUUCCUCUUAAUUUCCUAUUUAAUACUCAUCAAGAAGAGACUGAGAAUUAAAUUCUUCAAUCUCCAUCACACUUGGCUGAGGCAGAUCAUUGGUCUUUUCUUCAUUUUUAAUAUUAACACUUUCAUUAGAAAUUCUUUUUGGUAAAAUACUUCCGGUAAAUGUUCUUUUAGGUAAAAUACUAUUACUGAAAGUUCUUUUAGGCAAAAUUCUUUGGGAAGUUCUCUCUGAUACAUCACAAUCUGAAGUUUUUAUCACAGCUGAAUUACUGACAACACUAUCAUCAUCAGUUUCCACUUCUGUAUCACUGUCAUAAUGAUUAGAAUUUUCAUGGUCAAGUACAGAUUCACCUUGAGGGAUAGUAAUAUUUGAAGCUUCCUGGCUUAGUUCUUCAGAUACUGCCUCUUUAAGGCACUUCCUUUUUGGGAGAGAAGAAUUGGUAGUAUUUGUAUGUCUUAUUGUUACACUGGUGCUUAUCUUUUCAUGCUCACUAAUAUGUGAUGCGCCUUCAGGUGAAGAUCUGCUACACUCACCAAUUGAUGACUCAAGAUCAGCAAUUCUUCUCUUUUUUGCAUUCAAAAUUUCACAAAACUUUGAAUAAAGUAUGGUUUCCAAUGAUGCUUUUUCACUAGCAAAAUGCAGCAACUUCUCUUUGCAAGUUUUGAGUUCAGCUUUCAGAUCCUGAACAUCAUGGCUUAAUUCUGACAUGUUUUUCUUACUGAUCUUGUCUUGAUCAAGCAACUCACUUACAAUAGUCAUAAAUACUGGGAUUGAAGCUACCCUUUUCAAUGGGAUACUACAAAAUUUUACUUUGAUAUUUGACUUCAAAUCAACCUUUUUAACAAUAAAAUUGUCUUCUUCCAUUGAGAAUGUAAACUCUUUUUCGUUACCGGACAAGGCACUUUUCAAUUCUAUCAUGAAGUUCUCUUUCGUUUUGUGCAAGGCAUCACAAAACUCUGUAAUCUUGGCCGAAUCCGUCUCUCCUGUCCAAGUUAUAUCGUUAUCUACAACUGUCAAAAUCACAUUUUCCUCAUACCAUUCGGUCGACAAGAUGUAGAAUUCUUUCAGUCGACCCUCUUUAGGAAUCUUGUGGAUUUCUUUCAUCAUUUCUCCGGUAGUUCAUGAAACUAAUUGAUUUAUUAUGAGAUACGUAAAUUAUAACUCUCCUAAAACAUCAUAUGUACAAGGCUAUAUAUCAUUCACUACUCCGGCACAGUUCCCUUUUCACAAUCUUCACAUUUCACCCGACAAUUAACGAAAACUCACUUUUCACAACUGCUUAUAACUUCCUGCCUGCGACAUAUAAUUGUAAGCUCUGACCUGUUGUCACCGUGCAGUUUUCAACCAGUUAUCAACUCUGUACACGCGCGAUUCCAUGCUUUAGUAACUAUAGUAUUUCUACACAGAUGGCAGAAAUGUCGUGUUCUCUGGUUUUAUCAAUAUAUAGCAAUAUAGACUUUUGUGAUACAUUUCAACCGAUGUCAGCCAACGUGAAUCAUGAAACAUUGCAGUAUUCAUGAAUUCAGAUUGUGACCUAUUAUUAGUUUCGCGUUAUCUGUCGUGUUAUUCAACGAAACGUUAUUGGACGAUUGCGGUCAACCCUUUUCACCUUAAAAGGUAUACAGGUUACUUAAGAUUCUGAUAAUGUGAAACUAUCUUUGGUUUGUAGAUGUCAUUUGUUGAGCGACCCAGAUGAGUGGUUUUCAAAUUCACAAGUGGCUCGAUUUCUUGGAUAAAUCAAAUGUUUAGGCAUGCUCUCACUUGCAUAAUCCUUGCAGGAGUACGCAGACGCCUUAGUUAUUGACCGAGUUAAAAAUUCAUAUACAGGAAUUUACGUAUGCCUAUACUAUAAUUGAAAGAUGGAUAACACUGAGCUUAUGGAACAAUUGGAGAGCAUGGAAUCAUCAGAAGACAAUCAAGAUACUGUUACUGAAAAAGAGGUAGAAGAUCAGAGUGGUGAUGCAGAAGGUGAUGAGGGAAGUUCAGGUAACCUUGGUAAAUCAGCAGGAUCUGUACGCAAGUUAAAGUUGAAGGAACUUCCAUCAGUCCAUAAAACCAAGAAAAAAGGAGAAAGUGAGGCAGAACUGAAUGCAACACCUCACACUUGGAUUCUUGGAGGAACCCUGGGUGCUAAAACAACAGUGCUGUUGUUCCGGUGCAUUGCUCUGUCUAAUCCUCCAGAAGACCCUCCGGCCAAUCAGCUGCACAUGACCUACAAAACAGUUCAGGCAGAAACAAAACUUCUGGCAGCAGUUCUUAAUUCACAUGGAUUUCGAGAGGUGCAUCCAAAUAUUCCUGAUUUUAAUAUAAUGUGGACUGGAGUUCAUCCAAAACCUCACACAUUAAAAAAUAUGACAUCUUAUCAACGUGUGAAUCAUUUCCCAAGAUCAUAUGAACUUACACGCAAAGAUCGAUUAUUCAAGAACAUAGAGAAGAUGCAACAUGCUAAAGGUGCUAAGCAUUUUGAUUUUAUUCCUCAAACAUUUGUUAUGCCCACUGAUUUUCGAGAUUUAUGCUCUAAUCACUAUCGCAACAAGGGUCCCUGGAUCGUGAAACCUGUUGCUUCAUCAAGGGGUCGAGGAAUUUAUAUUGUGAACAGUCCUGAUCAGGUCCCUCUUGAUGAGACCUUGGUAGUAGCCAAAUACAUUGAUAACCCAUUACUUGUAGAUGGACACAAAUGUGACUUGCGUCUUUAUGUUGCUGUUACUUCAUAUGAUCCAUUGAUAGUUUACAUGUAUGAGGAAGGUCUGGUGAGAUUUGCUACUGUAAAAUAUGAUACUACUGGGAAACAUCUGUGGAAUCCUUGCAUGCAUCUGUGCAAUUACAGCAUUAACAAGUACCACUCAGAUUACAUUAUGAAUGAGGAUGCUGAUACAGAAAAUGUAGGUCACAAAUGGACUUUAAGUGCUUUGCUGAGACAUCUACGGUCCCAAGGUAUUGACACAGCAGUACUGAUGAGCCGGAUCGAGGAAGUGGUUGUGAAGGCAAUUUUAGCUUCAGCACCUCCCAUUGUAACUGCCUGCCGAAUGUUUGUACCUCAUACACAUAAUUGCUUUGAAUUGUAUGGUUUUGACAUACUAAUUGAUUCUACAUUAAAACCCUGGUUGUUAGAAGUCAAUCUAUCUCCUUCUCUUGGCUGUGAUUCACCUUUGGAUGUGCGAGUAAAGUCUGCAAUGUUAGUUGACCUAUUAACUUUGGUGGGUGUGCCUGCUGUGGAUCCAAUGUUGCGUCGUGUGGGUGAACUACGUCGUUUAAAUACACCUUCUGAUGUUGCUCGAAAGCUCAAUCAAUGUCGGCGUGUUCAGUCAGCAGAUAUGUUAAUGAACCCUGUUAGCAAGCGAUAUCCUCCUGGAGGUACAUCACGAUUGGCUUCAAGUUCACUCUCCUUAUCCGCAGAAGAGACACGAAUGGUAAAAUAUGCUCGUGCUGAGUUUGAAAGGCGUGGUGGUUUUGUUCGAAUUUUUCCAUCAUCUGAGAGCUGGAAGCGCUACAGUCAAUUUCUUGAUCCUGCAACUGGUAUGGUGAUAACAGCAUCAUCUAAUUUUGUCCAGUUUCCACUCACAACAACUCACAAUUUUAAUUAUACCCUUCAUCAGCAGUUAUUUCCUGAGCUUCGAUCAGAUAACAAUGCUGUAUUAAGGGCCCCCUCUAGUCACCCACCUGGCAGCUCUGUACGUUUCCCAAGCCCUGAACGUGUCAAUCGAUAUGAAAGGGCUCUGCUGCAAGGUCAUAAAGCAAGUUUGGACGGCAUGCCGUUGGACAGAUCUGAUGCAGAAGGUAGUUGUGUUGUAGAAGAAGUUCGUGAUGUUGGGGAUGUCUUGAAAGAAGUACUGAACAGACUUGAGAAAGGAGAACGACUUAGUCAGUAUCAAGCAAGAAGAAUGUUUGGUCAGUACCUUAUUUGUAUUCUUCGCCGUAUGACAAAGAAUGGUACUAAGCCUGAAGAGAGCGGGAAUGUGGAAAUCAUUUUGCGUUUUUUGCAAAAGGCUUCUAGUAACUUGCGUACUCCAUACUUUGUUCAGAUGCCGAGUCGCAAGUUGUCUGGAAAAGAUCGUUUGGCAAUGGUUGCUAAACAACUAAAUGAUUUUGUGUAUUUGUAUAAUAGAGAAACAGAUUUGUACACUGAUAGUGUAGACCAUUCUGACCAAUUACCUAGUCGACUCUUCUUAGAAUUUCUUGCUCUUGCUCGUGAAGCAGAUUUGGAAGAAGCUUUAACUGCCCACACUCGGGUGAACAAAUGUGCUCACUUGUUUUUGGGGCGAUGUGGAGUCAAUUUUUCUCAGUCAUUUGGACUGUUGCGACCUUUUCCACCAAUCAGUAUGGGUCGCGAAGAGUGCUCUUGUCGAAAAUCCUGCAGCCGCACACGAGAAUCAAAGGCCACUGCAGGUACAGUUCUGCCGAGAACAUCUCUGCCUUCAGCUGUAAGCCCCAGUAAGAAGAUAACUGCCAAAGUGUCUCGAAUGCUGUGAUAAACUGGGUAAGCCUUAUUAAUUGUAUUUGAUCUUGAAUAGUUGUUUAGAUCAAGACAAGUGGAUUGCGUUUUGGGUUCAUCAACACUCUACUGAAGAUAUGAUUCGAAGUUGGAUUAUUGAGGCUGGCAUGCCGUAUUUCUGAUUUGGAAGAGCCUUCAAGUGCAUUUGCUUGACUUCUGGAAAUCUAAAACCUUCAAACUUCUUCUACAUUUGUAGCUUGUUCACAAUGUCACUGCAAUUAAUUGAUUCCCGAAUUAAAAAUCCUUUAGAUAUAUAUACUUAUAUACCACUGCCAAAUAUUGUAGCUAUUCUAUAGAGGUAUUCAUCUGUUUUGAACAUUUUUUAACUGUAAUGUUGAAUGGUGUAUUGAUAUUACUUCAUGAGAAAUAAUUGCUGCAUAAUGUUGAAUUCUAAAAGUUCUACCAAGGAAAAAGUUAAUCUCUUAAGUUUUACUUCGGUAGUGUUUUCAGAAAAGCUAAAGUAUUUUUCUUUUAAGUUUUUACAAUAUUUUGAUUUAUCAUUAUUCAGCAUUACAGGUUGAUUAGAGACACUGAGCAAUAAAUGUUACGAAGAGGAUACAGAACAUGUUUAAAAAAUACUUAUGAUUUAUUUCGAAACAAUUUGCUGUGGUGUAACCAUACAGUGAAAUUUACUCUGUGAUACAUUUUAAUUUACAAAGUGCAAAAAUUGGACUGAUGCAAUUUUGAAUGCGCUUUUAAAUAUUCAGUGUGUGCUUACCAACAUUUCAUUAUAAUAGGUCUUAGAAAAUUCUGCACAGGCUGGGUAGACAUUUAUUAUUUCUUUAUUUAUGUUUUGAAAACACUUUUUUUUCUGUCAUCAAAUGACAGACAUUGACAUGAGUGUCUGACAUUCUGAAAAAUGCUGAUGUACCUUAAUGUACCUUACAAAAGUGUGCUUAUUUUGUAGAAUAAGUGAUAAAAUUACUUUUUUUCCAUAUGUGUUUGUAAGGUUAAGUUGUAUUAUAGUGAGAGUGGCAUCAUGAUCAUGAAGAAUAAUUGGUGUUGUGCUCUGACUGUUGACAUACAGUUAAUUCAAAUGACAACCUUACAGAUAUUAACCUCGUAAUGAAGCCUUAUUUUGGAAACAAUAUUUGGUUCUUUGUUGGUGGGUGUGUUUAUACUUGAGAGAGUCUCACUUUAAUUUAUUUUGCUGAUACUUGGCUUCUGAAUGCAGGUUUAUACGGUGCUUUGAAGUAUUUAUUGUUUAAAAUGCCAAUUAUUAUGGAACCUUUUUAAGCAACCACUGAGUUUAAUAAAAAAAAUUGUAUGAAGAGGAGUUUUCCUAUGUAAGGGUGCUUUAUAGGUAACAAGAACUGGUAUAAAUGAAGGAUUUGUGCUUUGAACAUCUUGCAUCACAUCAUUAACUUAGUGGCCAUCCACAAAUUACAUAAUACAAAUUUGGAGUGUUUUGAAUUCCUCCUCUGCCCCCUGUAACUCAGCAUAAAGCCGCCUCAAUCCCCUUCCCUUCUCUUUAGCAUUAUUUAAUUAAUGGAUGACCCCUUAUUAAGAAUAUUAAUACAUAUUAAAUUAAUAUUAUAUUAAUUUGAUGUAUCAAGACUCAACUAACUUCAAGUUUUCUUCUGCUGGCUUCUGCCUGCAAUGGCUUAGUGACAUCCUUAAUGUUAACUCUGCAGGGUUGCUGACUAGAAGGACCUCUGAUUCGGGUACUGAAGUGGUGGAUUUUCAAUGCUAGCUAUUUAGCUAGAUCACACUUAACGACUAUCUGGAAGAGAAUUCUAGCACUCCUUUUUUUUUUUUUUUUUUAGUGGUUUCUCCAAAUAACCAGAUGAACACUGAAGCAGAACCUUCACAAAUGGGCCAUGGCCUGUGCGCAAUCUUCCCUUCCUCGUUCUUGACCACCCUCUGAAAGCCAAGGGGCAAGUUGGCCCUCGAUCUAUUAUUUCAGCAUGAGAGGUACACUCCAGCCUCCUGAGAUGUAAUGGGAUAUAUACGGAACUAAUAACUAAAUGAGUUGACGUGUUCUGAAAAGCUAAAAAAACAAACAAUCAAUCUUCUUUUUCUUCCUGCUUCUCCCAUUUUUCUUUUCUUCUUUUUUCUUUCAAUUUUAGUGUACUAAAGUCCAUGAAAAAAUCUUACAUGACUUCUUUCUACUUUCUUUUUUUUCAAUAACUAAUUUAUUACGUAGAAAUUGAAUCAUGGAUGUAUUAUAUUGUUUCCAAGAGAAAUUAUUAAUCCAAAAUAAUGUUUUAUUUCAUUACAUUUGGCAUCGAGUUGCUCAAAUUUUAGUGUUACCUUGAGAACAAAAAUUUGACACGUAUUUUUCACGUCAUGCAAGUAUAAUAGUUGCGGUAGGAAUUAAAAUACCUCAUUUUGAUUGGAAAUCCAUUGCAGACUUUAACAAAGAAAGAUUUGAAUAUUCAGAUUAUUAGUAAUGUACUUUAUUCUGAUACUGAUUAUUUAUAUCAACUAAGAAAGGACUAUGAUCUCUUUCUCUCAUUGUCUUUCUUUUUUCCACAAUAUGUGAUGAAUCUGUUUCUUUUCUUUGGUAAUGAGAAGUCAAAUUCUGACCAUGUAAUGGAAGUUGGAUGAUGACAGUUGUGGGCAUAAGUAGUUUUUGUGGUGGUUGCUUAAUAAGGAUGUUUUAAAAAAAAACAUGUUGAAUAAGUUUUAAAUUUUUUUCCAAAAAUGUGUGUUUAGGUUCAGAGGCUUAAUAGGAGAGGAGUUCCACUGCAUAUGAAGUGAUUGAUGUUAUUUGAAAGUUUUUUAUAUGGAAAUUUUUGUGGUCUCAACUUGGACAUGUCCAUGGUCUUGGGUGCAGCUCACUGUGAUACUUAAGUUCAUCAAAUGAGAUCAUGUUUUUGAGAAAAUAUUACCAAGUACCAUUGUCUUUGUAUAAAUAUUUUAAUUUAUUUGGAAUUUUGAACGCUUAUUUUCAGAUGUUUAGUAUUCCAAAUAAGAUAGGAAAUGUCAUGGAAGGGAUUCUAUUCUCCACAAGAAAACUGAAGAUUUUGUGUGGUGCACUUUGUCUUUCAUAUUUGUAGUGCCAAGUAGAUCACUUUUGUUUUGCUAGUAGAAUGCAUCAAAGGGAGGGCAAGACUAAAAGCGCCUAUGUAGUCGAGUACAUAUUCUGUCCAAAAAAUUAGAAUGUAAUUGGAGCAGUAGAUAGGUAAUAUUUUCGUCGACUAUCUCACUAAUAAGAACUCGUCCAAAUGUAUUUUUAUCAUAGUUACUUGUGGUUGAAACUUCACUGUGAUGAGCUACUGCAUAUUGUGCAGUAUUUGUUUUUUGAUAAACAUGAACUAUUGAUAUACAUUUUGUUUGUGACAGUAUUUAUUUGUCCUUUUUAGUUUACAUUGUCAUCAUCAUUUGUUGAUAUGUGUGCAAUAUUUUUAUACAACUUUUUCUAAAUAUUUAUUGUACAAUAUAUAUACUAAUAAAUUUGUGCAAGGUCUCCAUAUUCUUGAUACUGAAUGUUGGUGAUGGAACAUUUGUCUUGCAUGUUCUCUGUGUUUUACUUCUUUGGUUGUGUUUUUACUAUAGUCCUAUAUGUUGGUGCUAAAAGUUUCACAUGUUUCAUUAACUAUUUCUCAAGAAUUUUUAUUAAAUAACAGGGAAUACAACAUUAAACUUGUUGUAUAGUGCUUUUAUAUAAUUUCAUUUUGAAGUGAAGAAUGUGAAUGCUCGAGCAGUGUUUGUAAAUAUGAUUCAAGAAUAGACAAAAAUAAUAUUUCAGGUUGUAUCCAGUAGGUUAGUCUAUUCAUUUGGUGAUAUAUUGGAGGGUUUGAAAUUAAAACAUUAAAAACCUUAUUGUCCAUUAUCACUCAGGUACUUUAUUUAAUAGUUUUAUUAUGUAUGUGUCAAUGCACAAGUUGUUUCCAGAGUCACAUGACAAAAGGCAAGGAGACUGCUUAAAGCUCAGAGAAGCAUAUGACAAGGAGAGACAUGAAAAAGCACACAUUAUUUAGGAUCAGAGUUUACCUUCAGUAAUUUUUGAUUAUAUUAUAAGUGUGAAGUGCUGGAUUGUAGUCUAAUAUGCAUAUGAUCACAGAAUAAGUCAUAUCAUAUUUCAUACUUUUCAGUUUUUACUGAAAUAAGAUUUCACAUUAGUUCUGAGGAGUUUUUAAUAGUCGGUAUAUUGACUGUUUAAAGAAGUUUUGUAAGCAUUUCAUUUGUUAAUGAAAUGAUGUCAAGAAAUAUUGAAGCUUCUCUUGAAAAUUACCACAAUUUUAAGAAGGUUAAUAAAUUGACCACAUGAUUGUUAUGUAACUUAAUUUUAUUCUAAGUUUUAGAAGAUAGUUGUUGCAGUAUUUGAUUGAAACAAUUUGUUUUGCUUUGUGUUGUGGAAAGCGAAUACGAAUUUUAAAUUUGCUGAAAUCCCACAUCACAGAAGAAAAGUGAACCCCAGAGAGAUGUCAAUUAACACAUUUUGCCCAAUAUUUCUGUUCAAUAACUUACAUAAUUUAUUAAUAAGAUCAAUUUCAUGAAAAAGAGAGAUACACCACAUAUAUUGUAAAAAAGUUUUUUAAAUUUGAUUGUUAUCUUUCCCAUUGAGAUUGGUGUCUUGUGCUUAUAUGUUGAGGGUGAUGCUCAGUCACGUUUAAAAAGAUUAUUAAAAGUAAAGAUGCGUGUUUUUUUUUUUACAUACGUUUCCAGGAAUGCUUUGAAAUCUAUUCACCAUUCAGUUAUUUUGAAUUUUACUUUAUUUUUAUCAUGAAAAUUUAUUUUGCUUCAAAUGGUAAAUUUAUUAAAUGAGAAAUGUAACCUUCAUUUCUGAAUGAUGCAUAAAUGCCUAGAUUUUUGGAACAACUCUGCAACCAUAAAAAAAUUAUUAAUGAUGUGCCAAGGGAUCCUAGUCAGUUGGAUAGAAGUUUGUGAUAGCAGAAGUCUGCAUGUUGGUGAAUAUCCUUGCAAAGUUAGUUUUUGUGAAUAGUUGAUUGGUAAAAACUGGGGGCAGUAAGCUAUUAUGUAGUCCAAGAGCAUAAUAUUUCCCCCCAUAUUUUUCUUCCUCCCCUCUCCAUCUUUUACUACCUGUUUUUAUUUUAGGUAAUUCCUUUUUGAGUUGACAUCAUAGUGAAAUGGUGUGUAAUUAUAUUAUUUGAAUCUUAUCUGGUAUUGGUUCACCUCCUGUGACAAUAUAAAAUAAUGUGCAGAUUAGGCCUAGCAUAAACCCUUGUGAAAAUGACAAACAUUGAAACAAAUAGAACAGCAAAUCUGUGUAUGAAUUUUAUCAGAUUGUCCUCACUUCCCAGCUCCUACAUAUUUAAUUUUUGAGAGGAGCUUGAUUUCUUGGCUCUCCUUGCUGGCUUUUAGAGUUGGACAGAAUAAGAUCAGCUGGUGUUUUUGGUAAGAUAAGAAUUUCAUUGGAAUUAAAUAUUUUUAAUAGGUGAUUUAUAGUUAAAUUAUGCAAUGUACGUAUAUUAAGGUUUGUUUUCUAUGGUUUCAUGUACAUAGUAAUGCCAGCAAAAAAUAAUCUUAUAUUUCUAAUGACUGUACUCAUUCCUGGCAUUGCAGCCAAUUGUGGAAAACACAUGUAUUAAUUGGUGAAGUAAGAAAUCUGCUUUGUUUCAUAGUAAGUAGUAUAAAAAAUAUCAAUGUUGCAUAGAAAUUUUGGCUUGAUUUUAUCAUUGUGUUCUGAAAAUUGCAUACUUUAGAAAGACUGAAAUAACUUUCAUAAAAACAUUUUUAUUGGAAGUAACUGAACAAUUAUUUCUAACUUUAUUUGUAUGACCUACUGGCCUAAAGAAGUUAUUAGAUUCUGAAACAAAAUUAACUUCUUAUGAUUUAUGUUAAAUGAAUGAACUGCUUAUCAGUGAUAUAAUACAAAGCAAUCUCAAUUUUUGCAUUUGAUAAUCAGUGUUUUUUGCAUUGCAUAUAUUGUAUUCAUCUGAAGUUUUUGUCAGAUAUAAGUCUAAAUAAUGCCAAAAUGUACUGAAUGCAAAAUGUAUUGUGCCAACUUUUGGAAAUUGUAUGAAAAACUGAACAGUGUGCAUGUGUAAGUAGAGCCUCUUUCUUGAGACAUGUGAAUGUUAUUGCAAACUUCCUGUGAAUUAUUUCAGUUAUUGAGCUGGAAUAAUCCUUACAAAUGAACCAGGAGAAUAGUUUUGAAAAAAUGUUACCUGACAAAACUUGUGUUAGAAAUAAUUAUUGUUACAAGUUUUGUAUCAUUAGUAGAUGUUUUUUAGUGCUUGUAAAUUUAUUACUUCAAGUCAUUUAUCUACUGCUUUUUGUUUUUUAUUUUAUGUAUUUUUUAGAUAUGGUAGUUUGUUAUGUUUCUGUUAUAUUCCAAAUAACUUAUUUGCACUUUUCCAAGCUAAAACUCUGUAAAAAGGUUAUUUUUUGGUGAAUGAAUUAAUGUCUUGUUCUGGGUAUUACAUAAUGUUUCAAUUCAGAACCGGAUCAAAAUAUUCUCAAUUAUGAUGACAAAUGAUGAAGUAAUUUCAAGAGUCAACCACUGAGAAGUAGUUUUUUUAAUUUAGUAGAUUCCAAUUAACCUCUUUAAUAAUAUUAACUUAAUAAGCCUAAUGAAAUUCAGCUAAAAUGUGAUUUUUGUAUUGAUAAGGUCUACAUUGUAAGAUAUAUGUGAAAAAAUUUUGGGUUAAAAGGUAUGGUGAACUAUCUUUAAAUUCAGUUAUGGGCAAAUCCUUCUAUGUAUUAAAUAAAACUUACAUUAACAUUUAUGGUAUAUCUUAAUGAAUUUGCUUUUCAAAAAUAUUAAUUUCUGAAAGUAAAAACUUGUGACUCUUGUUAUAUUAAUUUAUUUAGAGUUUUUCUCAAUCAAUGACAGUACUAUUCCUUUUGUAUGUAAUGCUGCUUUUGAAGUAAAAAUGCACAAGCCUUAAAUUCGUGACAGAAUAAUAUUUUGUGAAGUCAGAAAUACAAAUUAAGAUGGAAACAUUUUUUUUCUGGAAAUUAGGAAACAAAAUAUUGUAUAUAUUAUUAAUAUAAAAUGCGCUGUAAUUAUUGAAAAUUAAUAUCUUCUCUCUUAACAGAAAUACUUACACUUUGGAAUGAAUAAAAUUUUUUUUUUACCUCUUGAGAGGUUUGUAGUAGUGGUGUGAUUGGUGAAGUAUGGGUGUAAUUAUGUGAUCUGUUUGGUGAUGGUGAUUGGUGUUUAAUGGUGAUUUCUUUUGAUAACAUGAUUUUUCUGUGCACAUAAUAAUUAUUUGUAAAUUUUUAAAGGCCACCAGGCCUACAAUGGCAUAACGCAAUUUUUCAUUGAAAAUUGAAAAUAUUUGAAAUUUAAGACCAUGUAGUAAAAAUACAUACAAAUGUCUUGUUGCCUUAAAAGUUUUAAUUCUUUAAAAGCAUUUUAAUGUCUAAAAUUGAAUAUCCUUUGAAACAUCAUAUCAUAACAAGAUAUUAGUACUUGUGUUUUAAGUUUAUAAACAGAACAUUUAAAAUGAGUCUCCGAAGGCAAGGUAAUAGACAUGUUGGGAUAAUUUUGGAUAACAUGUAUUGAAGCCUAGCGUUUUUGUGACAUCUUGGUAUUAAAGGGAAUUCAAUUUCUUAAGAGCUAUUUCAAAGUUUUAAAUCUGGUAUAUGCCCGUUCAUCCCUUGAUUAUUCAGUUUUCUCUUUGUUAACAUAAAUAUUAACUAUUCCUUCUUGGAACUUAUUCUGUGAAAGAAUUCGAAAUGAGUAUAUUAAAAUUACUUAAUACUGUGCCGGACUUAUAAAAUGACGUGGCUAAUGCUAAUAUGCUUCUCAAAUCCCCUUAUCGGAUUUCGGAAUUUUAUAUGUUUAGUGUCCAAGUGUACUAAAAGAAUAUCCUCUUUCAGUAAUAAAUUACCAUACCAGAAACAAGUAGGCUUGUUUCACAAGAGGCAUUUAUAUCUCAAUGGUGUUUUGUAAUUAACCAUUCUGUAAACUCCAUUUCUUUUAUUUUCUGGAAGUACAGCUGUGAGUCUAUUGAUUUGAAUUAAAAGCACAUUUUUUUUCAAGCUAAGGAACAAUGGGUGUUACAGAAUUAUUGAUAUUUUUUUUAUUUCCCUGUAAUUUAUAAAUUAUUAUCUUAUUCAUAGAUAUUUUCUACAUUAGUUUUCUUUCGGUAGAUGACUGUUGUCAGAUCUUUUAUAAACCAAUGAACUUUUGUAAGAUUUAUAUAAAAGGAAUAUCAUUCUUAUAGAGGUAUUGUCUUAUAGUUUGCAAAUCGCAAUUUGCGAUAUUUGAAUUCUGAGCAAGUGUGUGUAAUAUGGAGUAAAGAAAUGAAAUAUACAGACUGCACUGCUUAACAAAGAUUUGCCAUUACUGUGUACUGUGAAGAAUUUAAUUAUUCUCAAUUCCAUGUAAAGAAAGCAUUUUCACUAGUGUUUUGUUUUAUUAUGUUACUGCAUAUUUAUUGAAUAGGAGGGUUUGCCCAAAUUUUUAUAAAUAAGGAAGGUAGUUGUUUUCCCUCUUUGGUAUUUGUGUUGAAGUGUAGCAUUUCUAGUCAACAUUUCUUAUAUCUUCUUUGUUCAUAAAUUAUUUAUAAGUUCAAGCAAUUAAUUACAUGAUGUACUACGCACUGCUCAAAAAAGGACAAAAAUUAUUUCGUUUGUAAAUUUUGUAUUUAUUAAGACGAGGGAGUAUUAUUAUGCAUUUAUAAUAUUAUUUUGUAUUAUCACAUGCUAAUUAAAAUGCUUGAAGUAUUGCUACAUUUCCAUGUUUUAAAGGUUUCCAUGAAUGAAUGGAUUGAUUGGUCAUUGUGUUCGUGGAGUUUUUCAGUUGUUUUGAAAGAUGUACUUAUGUUAUUUUAAAAUUCAUAUUAUAUUUAUAUUUCUUUAUUAUAUAUCUUUUGUUAUUUAUCUAGACACGCGUAUAUAUAGUACUAAAAUUUCUAGUUUUCAUAGACGUUUGCAUGAGUACAAAGAAUUCACAAGGUGGAGAUGAGAGGAAACUCCCAUUUCCUUUUGGCAAUCACAUUUUAAUACUGCCAUUUCUUGUAUUUUAUUCCUUGCAGUUAGCUUUGCAUAUUUCGAUUGACAGUCUUGUCUGCUAAUUGACACGCAUUCAAUAAAAACACCUUAACGUGUAAGCAGUGUCUUUUUUCUU